GAAUUUUUCAGAAGAGAUUUAUCGAUUAGCAGAACGUAAAAAAUCAAAAUCUCAAUUAACGCAAAAGACAACAGCGCAAAAUCGUGCAGAGCCUGCCUCAUUAUCACCUUCACCAUUUUUCCUUCCCCCAUUAAAUAUCAAUAAAUCUCCUUACCGAACUCCGUCAUUAUAUGGAACGCCGUCACUAACUGCCGAACCCGCAUCACCAAAUUCACCUAUUUCACCAAACUCUUCAAUCAUAACGCGGGUAGCGAUGGCCGCAAAUAUCAAUUCAAGAAGCUCCCUUAAUUUACAAGGGGUUAAUACAAAUAAUCAGACUUUGUACACUAAACGUGCCUCUGGGUCAUUAGAAGGAAGCAAUAGUCUACCAAGUCCUAAUGGUGACACGAUCACGGCAAUGCCGACGAUCAAGCACAGUAAUACACUUAAAGAACGCAUUAACGAGAGGCGCAUGACACUAAAAGGAUGGUCACUUAAUCGUAAUCGGAGUACUACGCAAUAA